GAUCCUUUGUCAGUUACAGAAUGUUAUUUUACCAGGGUGAUUUAAUUACACCCAUCUUGAAAUAUCGAUACAAUGGACCAAAAGCUGCUUAAUCAUCUACGGGUUAAAGAGUUCCUCCUCGCGGUUGCAAUGAUGGCCAGUCUGCUGAUCUCUCACACGAGUUCGAAAAGAUAUAACUUCGGAGAUUGUCCCGAGAUGUCGAGUGCAGUCGUAAACAUCGCGAACACGGAAAGCGUUACCUUAAAGACUGGACAAACAAAAUGGGGCCACACCAGGCUGAACUUCUCCUGUCAGGAUUACUACCGCCACUUUGAUGGGGUUGACAUGCAGAUAUAUUAUUGUGACAAGGCCAAAGGUUUCUUUCCGUAUUGGUACGAAGAGAUACCCAUCUGUAAAGAGGGUGCAUGCAUUUCACCCAAGAAAGGUUCUGGUCAGUGGAUGAGGUUGGGCGAUGCCUGCUAUCAGAAAAUGAACAACGGGACCUUCCAGGAGGCCAAAACUCAGUGCACCGGAGUGGGUGGCCACGUCGUUGACCCCAUGACUACUCCAUUGCCCAACUUUCCAAGGCAGAUCUAUCAAGUUCUUUGGAAUAUCACCGAAGCUGCCAUCGAUGUUGGUCCAUUUUGGCUAGAUGCAGAGAAAAAAAGCGGAAAGUGGCUAACCAGUGAUGGAACUGAAAUAAAGAAUGUUUGUUUCGAUAGCGUCAUAAAGGCCGGGGGUGCCGGUAACUGCUUGACAGCCGCGAUGACGAAAGUGCAAAGAACGGACAGUGGAUGUAACGUUAUGAUACACGACUGUGCGUAUCAGGCGUUUGUCAUAUGCCAGCACGAAGAAAUUGGUUGCCCAAGGGACUGGCCUGGCGGCGAUAGGUUGUUAGCCCAAAACGGGUCUACAUACACACCGAAGAACUGUGGCGCAGGAAAAGAGCUCUUUCCAAAAUCUGCAACCUGCCAAGGAGGAAGUUGGGGUCUGAUACCCAAAUGUAAAAAGGUAAAAGGUUGUGGAAAAGUACACAGGUAUUUUCGUGGACCUUUCAAACACAAAGCCAAACUUAAUUUUAAAAGAAUUUGUAAAAAAACGAGAAUAAUGAUCCCUGGCAUGCCUGCAUUAUUGACAUGCAUGUACGGAGACUUUUAUUACGACACAAAGUCAGGAGGAAAAGUUAUCAAAAAUAAAAUGACAACUGCCGAAGUAAUAGGAAAGAUGAAUAGGGAUGGACACAGACAAGGUCCUUGUCAAGUUCUAAAAUGUAAAACGCCCAAACAUUGGAAAAAAAUAGGAUUUGUGGUGGGGGGACGUCCAAUUGCUGACGCAUAUCGAGUGAAUUUAAGGAUCAAUAUUAUAUGUCCGCCGAGCUACAAAACGAGCAAGUAUUUAAAAAAACUUAACGGACAGCUUCGUUGCCUAAAGACCGGACGGUGGAAUGCUAAUGUUUCGUCGGAUGCUACGUUAUGCGAUCGGAUAACCUGUACAAAGCCAUAUCCUGCUAUGCCGAACAAUAAACGUUACCUUUAUUCCGAGGGGACUAAGGAAAUGACUGUAGAAUGCGCCAAUCAUCAUGGCACGAUGGCACGGGAUGGGACGUGGAGCACGAAAGUUAUCAUUCAGUGUGAUCUCAAAACAGAGCAAUGGGUACCGCCUGCGGAAAAAUGCGAAGCUUUUAAAUGCACCAAACCAAAUAAAGACAUCGGCAGGGCCACUGUCUCCGGGAAUACCUCAAGCAUACGCGUUUCCUGCAAACAAGAGUUUGAAUACGCUGAUGGGAAGACCUUGAAGGAUUACAUCUGUGAUCUGAAGAAGAACAAUGUUGGGUUAUAUGAGUACGAAAAAGACAGGAAGGAUGAUAAAAUUUGUGGAACAAUGGUGAAAGAAUGUAGGAAGUUACCUGUUGUUGAGAAUGCCGUGUUCAAGAGAUCCUGGCUGGAUGUGUCUUACACCUGUAGGAAUGGUUACAUUUUUCCGGACAAAAAGACAACGAAAAACCUGAAAUGUGCCGCCAAAACCGGCUGGCCUCCGAUUGGGAAUUGUGCAGAGAUCCUUUGCACAGAACAACCAGCCAAUAUAUCGAAUGGUAACCUGACACAUUGGGACAAACACCAGGCAACUUACAAGUGCGAAAAGGGCUACAAGUUCGAUACUGAGGAUGAUGGGGUGAUAAACUGCACAGCCAAUGGUUGGCCUGCCAUAAAGUGCAUUAUUAUUCCUGAAACAACGACUCCCCUUAGUACAACAACAACUGAAGCCAAGUCUUCAGGUGGUAGAACAAACACCGGGAACAGUGCCAACCCACUGGCAAAGCCUGGUUCUAACGGGGGAACGAAAUCUUCAGCUUCAUCAAGUGGAUCAUCCAUUAUAAACAGUGCUGAUGGAAAAUCCACUGAAAAUAGUGGUGGCAGUGGACCAUCCACUGGGAGCAGUGCUGGUGGCCCGUUCAUUGGAAACAAACCAAUGGCCACGUCCCCCAGGAAGAUUGCUGGUGGCACGGCCUCUAGAAACAGGGAAGGAGGCGAGUCUGCCACUGGAAAGAGAGCCGGUGGCACGGCCACUGUAAAGAGUACAGGUGGCUCGUUGCCUAGAAACAAUGAAGGCGGCUCGUCCACUGGAAACGGUGCAGGUGGCACCUCCCUUGGAAACAUUGCAAGUGGCAUGACGACUGGAAACAAUGCUGGCGGCCAAUCUACUGGAAACAGUGCAAACCAACCAACGAAAGGGAGAUCAAUAUCUUCAUCAGUAAUCACAACCACAACAGUCCCACCUACGAUAGUAAAAUCCAGGGGUGGAGGCCCGGGGAAUGGUAAUGGAGGAACCGGCGGCGGCGGCGGAGAUAAAGGUGGAGGUGGAGGUGGAGGCGGACGGACUAUAAAAUUGGUCCAGUGCGUCGAUGUGGUCCAGUCGCAUGACCACCUCAAGCUGAUCAAUAAAGGCGACUUCUUCACUGGUUAUUCUGCUGUCUACAUGUGCACUGACGGGUUCGUGUUCGAUAAUGACCAGGACUAUGCCAUGGCUACGUGUACGGACAAAGGAAAGAUGGUUCCCAGCACAUUACCAAUCUGCGUCAAGAAAGGGUGUGACCUCCCGCAAUACAUCAAACACGCAAACAAGAGUUUGGCCCGAACUACCGUAAAACACGUUAUGGUGUACACGUGCCUGAAAGGAUACGAAUUUCCUAACGGAAAUAAUAUCAUGUACACGACCUGCAGUGCCAAGGGAACUUGGGUCCCGACCUUACCACAUUGUCAACUAAAAACGACGUGUCCGAGCCCGCCGGAUGCAGAGAAUGCAACCAAGACGUCUCGUGAAGACCACGAGCCGGUUGGAAGGAUCAACGUCUAUUCCUGUCAUGCUGGCCACCGCUUUCCCAACGCCAUCAAGAACGAGUACAUCUGGUGUACAAGUCGGGGAAGGUGGAACAGAAGAGUUGUACAUGCCUGCAAUCUGGUCCAUUGCGGACAACUAAACGUCCCCUCCAACGCAUCAUGCGAGAUAACGAGACAAGAGCUUACAGGCCAGGGUGACGACCUGGUAGGCACGGAGCUGAAGUGCCGAUGCUACUGGGACGGUGCCCGGUUCAGAGAUGGUGACUUGUUCAAGACGCCCUUAUGCCGUUCGAGUGGACGAUGGAGUAUGGAUCUACCACCGUGCGGGGAUGCAGAAUGGUGCUACUACCCACCUCAGCUCCAUAAAGCAGUCCUCAUUGACAGCAAAGACCAAAAGAGGAACAGUACUGUACGGUAUAUGUGCGAGAAAGGAUACCAUUGGCCCAAUAACAUGACCAACAUGACGGCCUAUUGUAACAUGUCUGGAUUUUGGACCUACCCGUUCAAAGUCUGUUACCGCAAUGAAACCGAAGCAGACCUUGAUGCCAGGGCUCCAAUCCCACCCCUGGAGUCUCCGUUUGGUCCAAUGAUUGCCAAGCUGUUCAUCGGAUUUGUGGUCGGGGUGUUCGGCUUCAUCGUCUUGAUGGACAUCCCCAAGAUGUGCUAUGAUCUCAGAACUGCAGGCAAGAACAAAUUCCACCAAGAGCUACAUGCGCAGUAACAGUAGUUUCAAGACUGCUGGCAAAGACGAACUCACGUGCAAUAAUAUUGUUGAUAAUUACUGGCAGUGACAAAUUCCAUUCCAUUGUUGAUUUCAAGACUUGUCAAGAACAAAUUCCAUUGGGAGCUCAAUAUGCAAUAACAUUGUUGAUUUCAAGACCGCUGUCACGAACAAAGAUAUUUGAAAUAUCGAGAGGCGUAGUGUAUUGAAAACCCCUGGUUAUACAAGGACUCUGGAUGGUGCAAGUUUCGAUCGUUUCAUAACCACAAGUAUUUUGUCGAAAUCAGUCCUUAGUAAUGAUAUUUUGCCUUGCUAUCAACUUUACUGUAAGUACAUUGUUUAUUUUGGAUGGUCCUUUUAAAAAAUAAAUUAAUUAUAUUUAAAAAA